GCGACACACACGCACACGCGCAGCGUUUUCUUCUUCCUUGGUCCUUCUUCCUUCUUCUUCUUGUUGCCCAACCAAAGCUCCCAUCCCAUGGAAUCUCACUAAUUUCCUCACCUACGCACUCCCCUAUUUCACCUACUCUGUGAAACCCUCUUUAGUUUUUUUUUUAUUAUUGCACUUCACUUUCUCCAGCGCGUUUGAAAUCGGCUCAACAUAGUAGAAGACGAACAGCACAACAAGUUAGGGUCUUUUCCAAUUGGGGAUGGAACCUCGUUUUGGGAAUAAGUUCCGCCUUGGCCGCAAAAUUGGGAGCGGCUCAUUCGGAGAGAUUUACCUUGGAACUGAUGUUCAGACUAACGAAGAGGUUGCUAUUAAACUUGAGAGUGUGAAGACUGCGCAUCCACAAUUGUCAUACGAGUCGAGGAUUUAUAGAGUUCUUCAGGGUGGAACUGGGAUUCCAAACAUGAAAUGGUAUGGCACAGAGGGUGACUUCAAUGUAUUAGUGAUGGAUUUGCUUGGUCCUAGCCUUGAAGACCUGUUUGGUUAUUGCAAUAGGAAGUUUAGCUUGAAGACUGUUCUUAUGCUAGCUGAUCAAAUGAUCAAUCGUCUCGAGUUCAUCCAUUCUAAGUCGUAUCUUCAUCGUGAUAUAAAGCCGGAUAAUUUCCUCAUGGGUUUGGGAAGACGGGCAAAUCAGGUAUACAUCAUAGACUAUGGCUUGGCUAAGAAAUACAGAGACAGCUCAACUCAUAGACACAUCCCAUACAGGGAGAAUAAAAGUCUAAUUGGGACUCCUAGGUAUGCCAGCUUGAACACUCACCUAGGGAUCGAGCAAAGUCGGAGAGAUGAUGUAGAAUCGCUUGGUUAUAUCCUCAUGUACUUCCUCAAGGGAAGUCUCCCAUGGCAGGGACUGAAAGCUGGGAACAAGAAACAGAAAUAUGAUAAGAUCAGCGAAAAGAAGGUUUCAACCUCCAUCGAAACGUUAUGCAGAGGUCAUCCAACAGAGUUUGCGUCCUACUUCCAUUACUGCCGCUCACUUAGGUUUGAUGAUAAGCCAGACUAUGCAUAUUUGAAGAGACUAUUCCGCAACCUUUUUAUUCGUGAAGGUUUUCAAUUUGAUUUUGUGUUUGACUGGACAGUAUUUAAGUAUCAGCAAUCACAAUCUGGAAACCCUCAACCUCGUCCCCAGGAUGGUGGUGUUGGAACUAGUUCUGGAUUAAACCCUGCGGUCGGCAAUUCUGAGAAGCGUCCAGAUGUCCCAAACCAGAGAACAAAUCCGGAUUUUACCCUGAAGCAGAAAGACAAGAUUGUAAAUGAAUCUGCAGUUGCAAAGGAUAAGCUGCUACUUGGAUCCUUGAACUUGGGUCGAUCAGAAGGAUCAUCAUCAAGACGAGUUGUGGACUCGAGUAGCCGUGAACCAUUCAGUGGCGGGAGUGACAAUGCAAACUAUGAAACCGCACUCAAAGGCAUUGAUGGUUUGCGGAUCAAUAACAAUGCAGGCGAUGAGACAGCAGCAGCCCCACAUUCAAAUGGAGACGAUGUUGAAACCAAAGCAAAGCUCUCUGACUGAAUUCAUACAAGAAGCUAUAAAACAAAACUGGUAUUCACUUGAUGCUCGUCCCAAUGACGUUGUCUAUGAUUCUUUUGAAGAAAGCCUAUUUUCACAGUUAGAGAAUUGAUAUAUAAGAGACAGGGAGAUAUAGAUUUAUAUACCAAAAGUACUUAAAGUAUGAUUCUUCAAAGAUUCAUUUGUCUCCUCCAUUUGUAUAGAGAAACCUUUCGAAUUUUCCUUCUCUAUGAUAAUCUUCCUUUAGCCCCA